AUGUCGUUUGGAUACGGUGUCGGCGACGUCAUCGCCGUGCUAGGCCUCUUCGAGCGCAUUGCCAUCGAGCUACGAAAUUACAAAGACGCACCUACUCACUUCCAACAACUCCGUACCGAACUAGAUCUACUGCGGGGUACUUUGAAGCGUGUCUUGUCCCUGGAACCGGAGGGUGAUGCGGAGCGCGAAACUUUGGAGCAGAUCAGAGCCAUCGUCAUCUGUUGUGCGCAGCCUUUACAGUCCAUGGCUGACAAAAUGAGAAGCAAAGAAAGCAGUUUGGGCCACUUCAGAACAACUAGAAGUCUUGUCAGUAUCGGGACAAGACUUCACUGGUCUUUGAUUGAUCAAACCGAUAUCGAGGGACUCAGAAAGAUUCUUCUGUCCCAGAUGACCGCCAUCAACACACUGUUGAGUAUUCAGCAACAAGCUCGGAUCCAGCGACUUGUACUACAAAUGAAGGUUAGCGAGAAUCACCAGACGUUGGCGAUCGAAAAGCAUACAAAUGCCAUAGCGGGACAAGCUACCAAUAUCCUGGCUAUUACAUCCAGAACCCAAAGCACAAUCGACACUCUGGCUUUACAGGCCAGUGUGCAGGCGGAAAUCCAUUCGAAGCAGGCAGAUGAGAUCAACCAAAGCUUGAACUCUAUUGAACAAAACAUGCGUCAUAUGACGCUGAAAUCUGAACAAUGCACCACUGUUGUCCGUCGUCAGGCCAUCUUCAUUUCUCGGCAAGUUCAAAACUUGUUUUACCUUAUGCAAGAGAUAAAGAAGCUUUUCAUCUUGCGCAUGCUACUUGAUAUACGUGGGCAAAUGAAACGUAUGAUACGCGCCAUUGAAGCCAUACCACUUCAUCUCACACUCGACAUUGUCCGGCUAGACGAUGUCCAUGGAGAGAGCUGGGCCCUGCCACUACAGGCAUGUAGGACCUGGGAAUCCUUUAGAGAAAUGCUCUUGUUCGUUGUGUAUGCAAACAAAAGACCCGGAGCGAACUACAUCACACAGAAUCUCUUCGCGGUGACGCAAGCGAAGACGGGCAAGGGAGUCGACCAAGAGACGUGGGAAGCAAUGAUAAAACCAGGCUUUCAUAUAGAACAGGCGGUAAUACUGAAGGGUUCCCACUCUUCCAAGAGAUGCCUGAACCCAAAGUGUGCCGGGAUGCUUCAGGAUGAAGUCCUCGAGUUCGAAGACCGUCAAGUUUGUCGAAACAAUACCAAGGGAAGUUUCGGGCCCCAUCUACCUUCCAUAGCUAUGGAUGAGCAAAUAGGAACUUUCCUCAGGGUUAAGCUCUUGCAACCUACCGAGCCUAUACAAGAUAUCGAAGAAGCCUAUCGGCGACUGGGCGAAGACCCUAAUCACGCCAUGGCAAACGCAUAUGUCGGCCUUGAAAUACUUCUUGCAAUAGGGGAAACUAUAUCUGUCGAUCAAAUUGAUAUUGCAAGAAAUCAUCUAGAAGUUGCCGUUGAAUCAGAUAGCUCGACCGCCGAGAACUGGUACCUGCUAAGCCGAGCGUGUAUGAAAGCAGAAGAUUACGAAAGGGCCUACCAAUGCCUACAAGUCGCGAUAUAUCUUGAGAGCCGCUGCCCCUCGUUCUGGAUCACACUUGGGAUUCUAUACUUCAAUAUAGGUCAAAGUAGAGAUUGCCUCGACGCCCUGACCAAGGCCGUAGAGCUAAAUGCUCAUAUCUGGGAGCCUUGGUAUAACCUCGGCGUGUUGUAUGACAGUUGCAAUGGCCAGCAUUCAGAUGCCGCUGAUGCCUUUUAUAAAUGUCUCGAGCGGAACCCAGAGCUGUGUAAUGUCCGGGCACGACUCGAAGCUCAACAAGCCUACGCGGGGGAUAUGAACGAUGAGCUUUUAGGUGGUACGGUGAUCCACGAAAUGGUCGACUCACCACUGGAUGAUAAACAUGGAUGGUAG